AUGUUGUACCUGUAACAUAUGCACGUCGAAGUAUUGCAUAAACUCCUAUCAGCAAGACAACUUGUUCUGUAUUCACAGACUUGAUAUUAGGCGUAAUGGAAUCGUUGAGAAAGAUCAUCCUCUGGGCUCUGGUCUGUCACGUGACGGCCUGGGUUAACCAAUUCGAUCAGGCGUUCAACUUCACAUGUCCCCCUGAAACCUCAUUGUCGCAUGUGGUCAGUAGCCAUGACAACCACUUUGAGGACCGAGUGUGGGAUUUCUCGUGUAGAGCCCCGCCAUACACCAGUACCAAUAUGAGCAACUGUGAAUGGACAGAUUACGAAAAUGACUUUGAUCAACCGUUAACCUUCCAAUGUGCAAGUGAUGGCAUCAUUGCGGGAAUUAGCAGUAUCCAUGACAACCAUUAUGAAGAUCGUCGUUUCAAGUUCUACUGCUGCGAAAUAUCAGGCUUUAUAACUGGGUCCUGCUACUUCACGGCUUACGUCAACAAGUUCGACGAGCACAUGGACUACGUUGUGCCUUCCGGGAAAGUCAUGCGCGGCAUCGACAGCUACCACGAGAACAAGGAAGAGGACCGUCGUUUCAAGUUCGAGAUCUGUGACCUUGAUGAACACGACACGCCGAUUGAAGGAGAACUAAGCUGGGUGUAGAUGAAUCUUCACAUCAAUAAAACUUGAAUAUGAA